AUGGCCGCGAAAGUUGAUCCUACUUUGUCGGCUCUGUAUGAGGUUGGAGCUGCGAAGUCAGACUCCAGCGGGCAUGUUCAAAAUCUGGGACUGAGCCGGGAGGCCCUAUAUGGAGUGGAAUGCGAGACACUCAAUGCAGCCUUGCCCCGACUUGACGAGCGUCUGAGCGACUUGGAUAUUGAUCCAUACUGCACCGCUCCAAUACUUUCUCCGGAUAAGUGGUCGGGGAUCAUGAAUGCUGUACCGACCUUUGAAGGCAACGCUUCACAUGCUGAUGUGGUCCAUGGUGGGAACAAGCCAGCCAAACUCUAG